AUGGGGAAUCAAACCAAAGUGACCAAAUUUAUUCUCCUGGGACUUUCCAGUGACCCACCGAUGCAGAUUUUCCUAUUCCUGGUGCUUGUAGUUAUUUAUGUAAUCACCCUAGUGGAGAACGUGGUGAUCAUACUGGUGAUAAGGACUGAUCGUCACCUUCACACCCCCAUUUACUUCUUCCUGUCUCAUUUAUCUUUUGUCACUAUCUGCUAUUCCUCAGCCAUAGUUCUUAAGAUGUUGGUGAUUUUCCUAGACAAGAACAAAACCAUUUCUACUGAUGGCUGCCUUGCCCAGAUAUUCUUCAUUUUACUACCAGCUGGUGCUGAAAUUUUUAUUCUCUCAACAAUGGCGUAUGAUCACUACGCUGCCAUCUGUGACCCAUUGCGUUACGUGGAGACCAUGAGCAAAGGGAUCUGUGUUCUGCUGGUGAGUGGUGCAUGGGUAAUAGGCUUCAUAAAUACCCAGCUUAACACAGAUUUCGCCCUCAGGUUGCACAUCUGUGGCCCCAAUCAGAUCAGCCAUUUCAGCUGUGAGCUCCCUCCCCUAUUGCAUCUGUCCUGCACUGAUACCUUCACCAAUCAAGUGGUGCUUCUCCCUUCUGUUGUGAUACUUGGAUCAAGCUCCUUCCUCUUCACCCUGAUCUCCUACAUUCACAUCAUCGCCACUAUCCUGAGGAUAUGCUUGGUGCAGGGCAGGCGUAAAGCCUUCUCCACCUGCAGCUCCCACUUGAUUGUGGUUGGUUUAUGGUACCUGACAGGUUCUUUCCAGUACACAAAACCCAGCUCAGUCUCCUCUGUGGCUCUGGAUGAAAUGUUUUCCAUUCAGUAUAACAUCUUGACUCCAAUGUUAAACCCCAUUAUCUACAGCCUGAAAAACAAAGAGGUGAAAAGUGCACUAGGGAAAAUAUUGUGGACUUGGAAGUUUCUCAAGUAG